GUAUUGAAUUGUUCAAUUAAAUGUGUUUUCAGAAUAAGAUAACUGUAUAUAAAUUUUCUAUAAAUGAAGAGAAGUCAUUUAUGAAAAUCAUAUAAAACCAAUUUUUUUAACGAGUAAUUAUUUAUAUUUUGUGUGUUUUAUAAUUAAUUUAAAUUUUGAAAUGGAAAAGAAUCUAGAAAAAACAUUAGAUGAUGUAAAUAAUACUGAAGGUAUCAUUGGUUGUAUAUUGGCUGAUCAUGCUGGAUUAUGUUUAGGAGUUAAAGGAAAUGCAUCUACUGACAGUGCAGGAAUAAUUGCAGCUAUUGCUGAUCAAGUUGCAAAAUUAGAACCUAAAUCACCAUCUCCAAUUAUUUCUCUCCAAAAUGAUAACAGGAAAUGCCUUAUACAACGCCAAGGUGCAGUAGUAGGUGCCAUUUAUAAGGAUGUUUCUAUGUAAAAUAGUUUUUUACUCAAAUUGAUAAUAUUAUUUAAUAGAUUAUAUUUAAACUUCAUUAUGUAUAUGUUAUUUUGUUUAUACAUAAACUUAAUUUAUUACAUUAUAAAAUAAGUAAUUUUAUAAUGUAUUUUCUAAGAUAAGAAAACUUGUACUUGAUUUUGAUCACAAUAAUAUAGAAAAUACAUAACUAUUAAAUUUUA